UGUCUGCUCACUUUUCUCUUACAGAUCUCGAUUCAUCCCCACUAAAUCGUCUCUCUUCCUACGAUCUUCCCCAGCCCUUUGGAAUAUCCUCUCGAUCGAGGAAUUACAUGAUCCCACGGCGAGAUCUGAUUAAAGGAAUUCUUGGCAGUAAAUGUUGAAUACAAUUCCAUGGAAAUGUUCAAGGUUUUCAGAGAGGGAGGGGAAUGCGCACAACAGCCCAAGCAUUACUGCUGCGAAUGUGAGUAUGGUGCUCAAAUGAUGCUCAAGCGAAUGCAUAUUUCUCACGCUACGUUGCAUAUCUUCUAUAGGAUUGUAGCACAUUUUGGAUUAUAAUCCAAAACCCAAAUCCAAAAUUUCCUCCAAAACAUCAUCUAUGCCCCUCCACAAACCCCCCCUCCCACGCAUUCUUCUCAACAAUGUCUCUUGCAUGCGCAAUGCCCAGACUGUGCUCCGCAACAUCAAUGUAUCCGUCCAUGAUGGUAGUGCACUGGUGCUGACGGGCGCCAAUGGAUCUGGCAAGACCACAUUCCUCCGCAUGCUUGCCGGAUUCUCCCGCCCAUCUGCAGGCGAGAUCCUAUGGAAUGGCCAUGACAUCACGUCGCCUGGCGUGUUCGACCAAUACAAGCUCCAGCUAAACUGGCUAUCAUUGAAGGAUGCCAUAAAGGAAAAGCUCUCGGUUUUAGACAACAUCCAAUGGUUUGAAGUGCUUGAAGGGAAGUGUGGGAAGGCAAGGGGGGCACUCGAGCUGAUGGGCCUUGGGCGGCUUGCAAAUGAGAAGGCUAGGAUGCUUUCGAUGGGCCAGAGGAAAAGAUUGCAGUUGGCAAGGCUGUUGGCGAUUGAUCGGCCGGUUUGGCUACUUGAUGAGCCAUCAGUGGCAUUGGAUGCAGAAGGGGUGCGGCUGUUAGAAUAUAUAAUUGCCGAGCAUCGGAAGAAGGGUGGGAUUGUUUUUGUUGCGACCCACUUGCCAAUUGAGAUCAAGGAUGAGAUGAGCUUGAGGUUGCCGCCAAGGUUUCCAAGGAGAAAGACAUUGGUGGAUAUGCUGGACUGAAAUAGAAGAACGUUUAUUUAUCAGGCCAUUUAAGAAGCAUAAGAGUUCAACCAGUAAUCCACAUGAAGUUUAAUUCACCUUGGGAGAAAAGAUACGAGUCAUCAAUGGCCAGUCUUCUGAUAGAUGAUCAGGAUCGUUUGAUGUGGUUUUAGGAAUGCUUCAUCCAUAACAAGGCCAAUCAGAUGGAUAAUCCAGAUACUGUACAUUUGUGCUGCAUUUAUCAAGAAAGUGCUGAAUGUCUAAGAAGGAAAAAGAAAAAGUGCUUACCAGCAGGUACUCUCUUCUGAACUGAAAAUGCACAAAACACUCAUAGCGGAAAUUCCUUAUUUUGG